ACUUUAUAAAGAUUGAAGCAAUCCGAAAACAAGCAUUGUACCGAGCGUUAGGUUAGAGAUACAAAUACACAAAAAUGAAGAGAUCGCGUUCAAAACGAGACGAAGAAGAGGCCGAGGAACGCUAUCGCAAGCGAAGAGAUCACAAACGCGGCGAUGAUCGUAAAAGAGAGUCCAGGUAUAACGACGAUCGGAACUCCAGACGUGACGACGACGACGAUUAUAGGAGUUUCCGACGAGACGGUAAUCAUCGAAGUUCCAGACGCGACGACGAGCAUCAUCGACACGCUAGACGCGAUAAUCAUCACAAAAGUUCCAGGUACGACGACGAUCAUAGAGACAGUAAUAGCGAAAGGGACCGAAAAAGGCCAAGUAAGGAGGAAGAGAUAGGAAGCAGGUAUUAUGGAGAACCAGGUAUCAAGGAUAAAACGCAAGAGAAGCUAGAUGAGGUCAGGCAGAAGCGUACGGUGGAUCUUCUGACCUCGAAGACGGGAGGUGCUUACAUUCCACCUGCCAAGCUGCGUAUGCUUCAGGCAGAGAUCACUGAUAAGUCUGGAACAGCUUAUCAACGCAUUGCAUGGGAGGCGUUGAAGAAGUCCAUCCAUGGCUACAUCAAUAAGAUCAACACUAGUAAUAUAGGAAUUAUAACUAGGGAAUUGCUACGCGAGAACAUUGUUCGCGGUAGAGGUCUGUUGGCGAGGUCCAUUAUUCAAGCUCAGGCCGCCUCUCCAACAUUCACCCCAGUUUACGCAGCACUAACAGCUAUAAUCAACUCCAAAUUCCCCAAUAUAGGUGAACUGGUACUGACCCGGCUGGUUUUGCAAUUUAAACGAGGGUUUAAGAGAAACGAUAAACCUCUGUGCAUCUCUUCAGGUACCUUUAUAGCGCAUCUGGUUAAUCAGCGGGUGGCCUAUGAGAUUAUAGCUUUAGAAAUCUUGACGUUGUUGCUGGAAACCCCAACGGACGAUUCUGUCGAAGUGGCCAUAGCGUUCCUGAAGGAGUGUGGCAUGAAGUUGACAGAAGUCUCACGAAGAGGCAUAGAAGCUAUCUUUGAGAUGCUGAGAAAUAUACUGCACGAAGGUCAAUUGGACAAGCGAGUUCAGUACAUGAUAGAAGUUAUGUUUCAGAUCAGGAAGGACGGUUUCAAGGAUCACGAAGCCGUUCUCCAGGAAUUGGAUCUCGUGGAGGAGAAAAAUCAAAUUACUCAUUUGAUAAGACUGGACGACGAGAUGAACGCGCAAGAUAUAUUAAAUGUCUUCAAGUUUGACGAAGCAUAUCUGGCCAGCGAGGAGAAGUAUAAACAAUUAUGUAAGGAGAUUCUUGGUUCUGAUGUCAGCGAUACGGAAGAUGAUAACGAGGAGGAAGAGGAAGAGGAGAGCUCGGACGAAGAUAGCAACGCUGAACAAGGCGAGGGAAAGAAGGACGUGAUAUUCGACAAUACAGAGACAAAUUUGACCGCCCUUCGUCGAACCAUAUAUUUGACGAUACACUCCUCGCUCGAUUUCGAAGAAUGCGCCCACAAGUUGAUGAAGAUGCAACUAAAGCCGGGACAGGAGAUCGAGCUAUGUCACAUGUUUUUGGAUUGCUGUGCAGAGAUGCGUACGUACGAAAAGUUCUUUGGCCUUUUGGCCGGUCGGUUUUGCGCCAUCAACAAGAUGUACGUGACCCCGUUCGAACAGAUCUUCAAAGAUUCUUAUCACACAAUACACCGUCUCGACACAAACAAAUUACGAAACGUCUCCAAGUUCUUCGCCCAUUUGCUGUUCACGGAUUCCAUUUCGUGGAGCGUAUUGUCGUGCAUAAAACUGAACGAGGAGGAUACCACCAGCUCCAACAGAAUUUUCAUCAAGAUCCUCUUUCAGGAACUCUCCGAAUACAUGGGUCUGACGAAACUGAAUGAACGAGUCAAGGAUCCGACCUUGCAGGAGGUGUUCGAAGGACUAUUUCCCAGAGAUGAUCCGAAAAAUACGCGUUUUGCCAUCAACUUUUUUACCUCCAUCGGUUUGGGUGGUUUGACCGAUGACUUGAGAGAACAUUUGAAGUCCCGUUCGAAGCCAAUUCCUGUACCAGUAUUAAACACUCAAGAAGAUGAAAUCUCCAGCGCAGAUGAAUCUAGUUCAUCAUCUAGUUCCACCUUGUCCAGUUCCACUACAACGGAUUCUUCUUCUUCAUCAUCGUCAGAGGAUGAAGAAAUUUCAGCCAAGAAGAAAAAUAAACAAAAAAAGAAGAAAUCUAAAUCAAAGGACAAGAAGGAAGAGAAACAUAAAAAAACGCAAAAGAAAAAAACGAAAAGUAAAAUAUAAAAAAAAAUAAAUA